UUCCGAUUGAGGCUGGGGGCGGACGGAGGAUGGCUGGUUAACGAGCAGAGCUCUACAGAGUGGCGGGGAGAGUUGACAGUCGCGAUGGAUGUCAAAUUCCCAAGCACUUUCUCAGGAACCUUGAUGAUCCUCGCAUAUGAGCGCGAUGUACAAUACGGUGUGGAGUAUGGACCGCGAUGACGCAGACUGGAGGGAGGUGAUGAUGCCCUAUUCGACAGAACUGAUAUUUUAUAUUGAAAUGGAUCCUCCAGCUCUUCCACCAAAGCCACCUAAGCCAAUGACUUCAGCAGUUGCUAAUGGAAUGAAGGACAGUUCCAUUUCUCUUCAGGAUGCAGAAUGGUACUGGGGGGAUAUUUCCAGGGAGGAGGUAAAUGACAAAUUACGGGAUAUGCCAGAUGGUACCUUCUUAGUCCGUGAUGCUUCAACAAAAGUGCAGGGAGAUUAUACUUUGACUUUGAGGAAGGGAGGUAACAAUAAGUUAAUAAAGAUCUAUCAUCGGGAUGGUAAAUACGGCUUUUCUGAUCCUCUAACAUUUAAUUCUGUGGUGGAACUCAUUAACCACUAUCAUCAUGAAUCUCUUGCUCAGUACAAUCCUAAACUUGAUGUGAAGCUGAUGUAUCCAGUGUCCAGAUACCAACAGGAUCAGUUGGUAAAAGAGGAUAACAUUGAUGCAGUAGGUAAAAAACUACAGGAAUACCACUCUCAGUACCAGGAAAAGAGUAAAGAGUAUGAUAGGCUAUAUGAAGAAUAUACCAGGACAUCCCAGGAAAUACAGAUGAAAAGAACUGCAAUUGAAGCUUUUAAUGAAACAAUUAAAAUUUUUGAAGAGCAAUGUCACACACAAGAACAACAUAGCAAAGAAUAUAUUGAGCGAUUUCGUAGAGAAGGGAAUGAAAAGGAGAUCGAACGAAUUAUGAUUAAUUAUGAUAAACUGAAAUCACGUCUUGGUGAGAUUCAUGAUAGCAAAAUGCGUCUAGAGCAAGAUUUGAAGAAACAAGCUUUGGACAACCGGGAAAUAGAUAAAAAGAUGAAUAGUAUCAAACCUGACCUGAUCCAGCUGCGCAAGAUCCGAGAUCAGCAUCUUGUAUGGCUCAGUCACAAAGGAGUGAGACAGAGACGCCUGAAUGCCUGGCUGGGAAUCAAGAAUGAGGAUGCUGAUGAGACCUAUUUUAUCAAUGAGGAAGAUGAAAACCUGCCACAUUAUGAUGAGAAAACCUGGUUUGUUGAGGAUAUCAAUCGAGUACAAGCGGAGGACUUGCUUUAUGGGAAACCUGAUGGUGCAUUCUUAAUUCGUGAGAGUAGCAAGAAAGGCUGUUAUGCCUGUUCUGUGGUUGCAGAUGGGGAAGUGAAGCACUGUGUGAUCUACAGCACUGCUCGAGGAUACGGCUUUGCAGAACCCUACAACCUGUACAGCUCACUGAAGGAGUUGGUUCUCCAUUACCAGCAGACAUCCCUGGUUCAGCACAAUGAUUCCCUCAACGUCAGGCUUGCCUAUCCUGUCCAUGCACAGAUGCCCUCGCUCUGUAGAUAAAGAGGGAAUGGGAAGAGAGGCAGCUCUCUAGCAUUUUUUCUACAGUUUUUAUUAGACUAUGAUGAGGGCAUUCUUUCUACGUAGACUGCUUGUUUUGCACAAGAAGUGAUUCUGUGAAUGUGAAGUGGAGAGGCCAAGCAGUAGCUGGCCAGAAUUGAGAGGAUAACCAGGGGCCCAGGGUCUCGGGACUCAGUUGUGCUGCUGCUGCACUGACAUACCAAGCUGGAAGCAGAUGUUGGUUUUUGGAAGUUUGUUUCAUUGGAGUUUUUUUUUUUUUUUCCUGUUUUUUGUCAGGUAUCCUUAACAGAGUUUAUUGGGGUCGGUGGGGGAUUGUUUGGAGGCCUCUGAAGAGUCCAUGCCCUGUUUCUGUUUGUAGCUCAGAAUGCAGUAGGAUGUGGUCUGUUGAGAGUUGUUUUACUCUGUCAGUCUCCCCUCCUCAAAAGAAGGCUGCUUUGGUUCUGUGGUAGAAUAGGGGUUUGGUUUUAAAAAAAAGACAACCAAAGGAAAAUCGGGAGGCUUAGGAUUUCAUUCAGAGAAUCUAAGCCAAGCGUGGGGGAGGGGAGGGAACUUAGAUUGAAGUUACUUCAGUUUUUCCCAACAUGGUUUAGGCUUCAGCAUCUCCUUGUCUCCUCCCUCUAAAGAAGCACUUAUGCUCAUAAGCUAACACAACAAUGUUUCCAUUGCCAGACCAAGGUAUAAGGGGAGAAGGUAACACUCUUAGAUAAAUCCACACUUCUGUACCAAAACUUGAAAAUGAGAAAACUAAAAAUGUUUUAGCAAACACUAAAAUUGGUAUUUCCUUCUGUUCCGCCCUUGUUUCUAAGAGAUGAGAAAUAGCAUUCUUUUUGUGGGGAUAGUAAAAAUGAAGUUGGUGGUUGUAUGGUGUUUACUUAGCCUAAAGAAUGAUCUGUUGUUUGAAAUCUUUGUAACUUGUUUGUAUGAGUAAAGAAAAGGUGCAAUCCAGUGCUUUUAGAUGGCUUGAUAUACCAAAUAAUGAUAUAGAAUGGCAUUGUUACUUGUGCUUCCCCAUGUUUCAAGGCCCUGCAAAAAGUCAUGGUUUAAUUUGCUUUCAUCCCUCCUUACUUUUGUUGGGUAGAAUUUAGAGAAUCAUAGGUGGUUGAGGAAAGGAAUCUGAUUGUGGCCAGAGACCUCAGCAAAUGGUAGAUCUAAGGUUCAUAUAUCCAGGUUGAGGGUCCCUUCACAUUACAUGUGUGGUUCCAGACCAUUGGUUCUGAAGCUUUUGCAGGAAGAGGAGAUGGCUUGGAGUUUAAACUGUCAGUAGUAAACAACGGGAAGCUUUUCUGUUUGCCUUUUACAGAAGGUUGCCAUUAAGGCAAUGUGCACUGUCUGCCGUCAUGCUUCAGUGACUGUGGUUUUAGGCCAGGAAUCUUCUGCUCCAUGUGAUUUAAGCCUUCCAGCUGAGUGAAGCUAGGCAAAUGGUGUGGAGGGCAGGCCUUCACACUCAUUUGACAGAGUUCAACUGCCUCUAAGCCAAUCCUGAACCAUAAUAGGCUCAGUGUGACUCAGCAUUCUGAGCCCAGAGAUGUGCAGGCAGGCAUCCUCCCUGAGCUGGAGAGUUUAUAAGAGGAUAUAGCCAGGAAAGCCAGCCCUAGUCUGAGGGCUGAAAUAAAAGCAAACCCUACCCUCCUGAGCACUCACUCACCUGACAACAGUAUCAAGAAUGGACCAUGAUGUAGACAUAGAUAAAAGCUUUUUUUUUUUUUUUAAAUCUUCCAGUUACUAGCAAUGAGGACAGGAUUAACAGGGCACAUAUCUGACUUUUCCUUGUUUACAUUGCAGUUCCAUGACUGGGUGAGAUAAAACAAAUUGAGCUCUUUUCCAUGUUGCUAUUCUGACGUAAGCCUUUACUUUUCCCAACUUGCCAGAUUGAAAUCUCACUGGAGGCUUUACUGGGCAGUGCUUAGCUAGUUGCUGCCGCAUGACGAUAAUACUCAGGUGGCUUUUUAUCAGGUGGAACCCCACUGAAGCAGUUGGAUACUCAAUACUGAGGACAGGGAGCCAGGUGUGAUGGUACACACCUUUAAUCCCAGCAUGUGAGAGGCAGAGGUAGGAAGGUAGUUGUGAGGUCAAGGCCAGCCUGAGACUACAUAGUAAAUUCCAGGCCAGCUUGGGCUAGUGAGACCCUAUCUCAAAACAGCAACAACAACAAAAUAUUGGGGACAGGGAAUCCUCUUAUUUGACUAAAGUAUUUAGUGUAUUCUGAAUGUCUUUUACCAAAUAAGUCAAGAUGGAAUAGAAUACACACCUGUAGUGUUGAAUAACAUACCUGUAGCAUGUUGGGCAGACACUGAGGAUAUGGAGGAGAGAGCAUGUCUAUAUGUGGGCUAGUUUUUGGAGAAGGGCUACUUGUCAGUCCUGGCAUCCCUUUGAAUUCAUCACUGUGGGUGUCAAACCAGGGAUCAUUUGAUAAACUGAAAGGCAUCUUUUUCUGACCAGCUGCCAUCUGAUUUUCUUGAUUCUGAGCCAGCAGAAAUGGCAUAAGGACCAGGCUGCUAACCACUGGAUCCAGAGGGGCAGAGGAUAAAGAGACAGACCCAGAUCAGAGGGGCUCAUUCUCCUGGGUCAACCAGCUACCAACAUGAAAGCAGCGUGGUGCUGGUUAGGCACAGGAGGGCCAUCUUUUCCAGGUGGAACUUUAGUAACAAAACAGUGUGGUCUCCACCCAGCCAUAGGUGCCAAACCUCGGCCCUGGUUCAGGCAUAGCUAGGUUGCUGAUCUGGCCAAGGGCAAACACUUCCUAAAACUUCUCUCUACUCCUCCCUUUCUAAGACUUAAUGGACUCUCCCAUUUACUUCAGACCUCAUAUACUUCAAAGAAACUGAGAGCCAGUGUGAUGUCUUCCAUGCAUUUCUUCUGGCUGUGAGGAACCAGCUCCGUACAUUCUUUUGAGCCAAGAAUUGCAUCUGGUUAAUUUCUGGUUUCUCUGAUGAUCUCUGCUGCCUUUGAAGACCCCAGUGUAGGUCUCUGUGAGGUUUCAAUAGCUUCAGAAGCCAGAGUGUCCAGAUGAGGAAAUGCAUGGUCCUCUGCUACCAACUGCUCAAUCUGGCUUUAGCUCCAGCCACUUGUGACAACCAACCUUGUUUUCUUACAAAUUCUCGCAUGUAACUUUGGUGCCCUGUUGUCUUUGAUGUAGUAAAACAAACUCAUGUAGUUUAUGUAAAAACAUCUGAUUCACAAGGAAGCCAAUUGUAUGUCUUGUAUUGGAACAAUUCAUAAUGUAGUCCCUAGACCACUUUUGCAAAUUGUUCUUGUCACCAAAUGUGUUCAGACAUUGCU